UGCUUGUAGACGUCCGUUUUUUUCACCGGAUAACGGACCGUCAAUAAACGGCUAUCCUUGUAUACAUAUUUUUUUUACCGGAUGGAUGGACUGCCGUCUAUAUGCGUUAGUUUUGAACUGGUCGUCAGAGAUUACACACGUGUGAAAUGUCGAAUAAUAAGAAAAAAAAAACUCGUAUUGGCCUACUAUUUGUACAAGAAGAAACAAAAAGAAAUAGAAAAACGUAAAAGGUCAUCGUGGGUGCAUCCUAUAUUAUUGGAAAGGGAGAAAUAUGGUGCAUUUCAAACUCUUUUUACGCAGUUGGAAGAAUAUGAAACUAAAUUUUACAAUUAUUUUCGGAUGAAGAAAGAAACCUUUCAACUAUUAUUAACAGCCAUAUAUGAUAAAAUAAGACACGAGGAUACUGAUAUGCGUAAAUCUAUUUCCCCGGCAGAGAGAUUAGCCGUUACGAUAAGAUAUUUAGCUGCAGGGAACACAUUUAGUGAUCUACAUUACAGUUUCAGAAUGGGUAUAAAAACUAUCAGCUGUAUUGUACAAGAAGUAUUUGAAGCAUUGUGGGAAACCCUUUCUCCAAUUUAUAUGAAACUACCAUCGGAAGACGAAUGGUUAACAAUAGCAAAAAAUUUCGAGACGAAUGCAAAUUUUCCUCAUUGCUUGGGAGCCAUUGACGGCAAACAUAUUAGAAUCAUCAAGCCAGAAGAAAGUGGAUCAAUGUUUUUCAACUACAAGCACUAUUUCUCCAUAGUAUUAAUGGCUGUGGUAGACACAAACUAUAAUUUUGUUUUUAUUGAUGUUGGAGCCUACGGCAAAGAAUGCGAUUCAGCAGUAUUUAAAGAAACAGAAUUUUGGAAAAGAAUAGUAGGCGAUAAAUUAAAUAUUCCUCGACCUAAGCAGUUGCCAGGUGCAGGCAGUGAGUUACCUUAUGUAUUUGUUGCUGAUGAAGCUUUCGCUUUACAUCAACACGUACUUCGUCCUUACGGUGGGCAUCAACUUGACUCAAUAAAAAAAAUUUCAUUUAUCGUCUCACAAGAGCGCGACGCUACGUCGAAUGCGCAUUUGGUAUUUUAUCCAAUAAAUGGAGGAUUUUGCAUAGACCAUUAAAUGUUUCAACAGAUACUGCUAUUAACAUUGUAAAAACAUGCUGCUUAUUACAAAACAUAAUUCAUAAAGUAGAGGGUAUUGCUAAUAAUGCUACUGACAAUGCUAGUUCACACAUGGUAUCUACUCUAUGCCAUUUGCCUCGUUCCCAUUCAACACGAGGUAAUGUAAAAGCAAAUAUGAUUCGUAACAAAUAUGCAGAGUAUUUCAUGUCACCAGUAGGGCGUGUACCAUGGCAAAAUCAACAUGCAUAAAAAUAAUGAAAAAAAAUGUUACUUACCAAAAUCAUUUUUUUCUUUCUCGGACAUCGUUUCAAAACCUUCAUUUAACGCAAGACAAAUUUCUCUCCAAGCGGCAAAACUCGACUGUCUAUUUUUAUAGCACUCUUGGGUUUUGUCCCACAGUACAGGCCUAUUUUCAACCAAACUUAUUAACAAUUCCAUGUCAAUAUCACCCAUUUUUAAAAGAACGCAGGUAGACGGCACUCAAUUAACAGAAAACAGGCAAUACGUCCGGCAGCGUCAACACGCACCAAUACACUGGCGUGGAUGACCGCCAUUUCUUACACCGGACCGGUGUCCGUCGCGCCGAGGGGAAGGGGUGGUGCAUCCGGCGUAAAUUGUUCGCCGGACCGAUGUCCGGUGCAUGUACACACAUUCAUUAUAAUUCACCACCGCGAAUCCGGCAAAAAACAGGGU